AUGGGCUUCGUGACGACCUACCUUCGAGCGGUGGAAAGUGCUCGCAACGAUUCGAUCAUCAACGACCCAUUUGCCGAGCCGCUUACGCGGAAGCAUCAGCCGAAGAUCGAGAAAUUCCUCAAAGAAGUGUCGAACAAGCUGCAGUCGUUCCCCGACGACUUCAUCGCGUUCCGUACGCGUUACCUGGACGAAGCUCUCUAUCACCGCGAUCCACGGAUCCUUCAAGUUGUGAUUCUCGGGGCUGGGUUGGAUGCUCGCGCGUAUCGCCUGGAGUCUCUCCGAGGCUGCCACGUCCUGGAAGUCGACCAAAGCGGUGAAUUGUUCGAGCACAAGGCUGAAGUGAUGAAGGAGCUACACGCGCCGCUGAUGGCCCAAAGCGUCGACUGCAUCGUCUCGAAUCUAGCCGAGGCGGGUCUGGAGACGAACCUGAUGGGGCACGGGUUCAAUCCAACCUUGCCAACGUUCUGGGUUAUGGAGGGAUUGAUCCCCUACAUCGACCGAGCUGGCGUCGUCGAACUGUUGAAAGCCAUCGACUACUUGUCGGCCCCUGGUAGCGAGUUCUGGGCGGACAUCGCCGGUCGAAUUCUCGUCGACGGUGACGAGUGGGGGGAACGGGCGAUGAAGUACGGCGAGGACGACCCGCUGCACGGAGUGUUUAGCGAGAUUCCGUGGGAGUUGGAGAUGCAGGUGUCCCUGAAAACUUCGGGUGAGCAUUUUGGUCGUCACUGGAAGCCGGUGCUCGCACGCAAGAGCAAGCAGGCUGUUCCGUUCUUCUUCAUCGUCGGCAAGAAGCCAAUCCCCGCUGCGGUGGUGGAGCAGAAGAUGAAGCACGGCCUCGACUUUGAAGACUAG